CAGAAAACUCCUUUCGCAAUACCCUCCGACCCAAUCCGAGCAAUCCAAUUCCGAGUCCACACAAUGGGUCCUGAAAAGCGGACAAGGGCUAUAAUGCCCAAAGCUUGCCACAACUGCCGGAUGCGCAAAGUCCGCUGUAACCGCGUUAUCCCUUGUUCCAAUUGUGUAUCAUCUGGCUUGGGCUGUGUACCGGGAGUCAGGUCGGCUGUUCAGCUGGGACAAGUCACCAAUUCUAGCGGCGAAGAUGAGCACAGAUGCUUGCGCGAGAGGCUCUUGGCGCUUGAGCAGGCAGUUGAACAACUCAGCCGCCAAAACAUUAGCGACCACACACAGAGGGCGGUCUCACACGAUUCUGAGGGAACCAUGUCGACACCAGACCCACUCGAGUGUCGCACUUCUCUCUCAGAAGGCGAUUCCUCAUUCGGUCGGCAGAUUCUCCUGGCCAGUAAAGUCGCAACGCUCACCGGAGUUUCACAAAUGCAACCUGUUCAACGGGAACUGGCAAAUCUACUGGUCAUGGCUGAAGAUCAGGCAGCCCCUCAGACACUGGGGCAUCUAUAUACACCAAAGGCCCAUCCGGAAACUGUUCGCCCUGUAAUAAAGUUGCCUCCGUCCAGCUUCGCCCUUCAGCUGUUAAGAUCAUUAAGAGAGAAAGAAUCCGUCUUCUUCUUGUUUUAUGGUUUCCACGAUCGGGCGCAAGUUGAAACCCUAUGUCAGCGAGUAUAUUUCCCUAUUGAGUCUUUAUCAGCUAGUGAGGCCACACUGUUCAAUGGCAUUCUGUGCAGCAUUCUGCGCGAAGGCAGUUUCUUUCAGUCUUCUGGACUCAGGGAAGAAGAGUUAAGCAACAUGCGCGUUCUGUGUGAAGCAAACUUCCAAGCGGGCCUCGAAACGUUUGAGGUAUUGGCGAUCCCGACACAUGAAAAUGCGAUGAUCUUAUCGCUAGCGAUGGCUCAUGCGCAAAGCGAAGCAAAAUUGCUCUUCCAGCACAGCUUAACAUCGGCGGCGGCAAGGCACUGCCUUGCAUUGGGCUAUCACCGGGAGAGCCGAUUAUCACUGCUUCCUUCUCUAGAGGCAGAACGUGCUCGUCGACUUUUCUGGCACAUUUACACGUCUGAUAAAAGUCUUUGCCUACGCCUUGGGUUGCCUUCUACUAUUCCUGACUACGAUAUCGAUGCCAGAUCUUGCUCCAUCUCACGAAAUCCUAGUCAGGCACCCUGGGACAUAGUGGUUGUGAAAUUUGCCGAACUCUCAAGGAUUCAGGGUCAAAUUUACGAGUCACUAUUUUCAGCAGCCGCUCGGACAUUGACUGUGUCGCAAAGACACAGCACUGUUUCGAGAUUAUCAGUCUGUCUGGCUCAAUGGCACCAAGAAUGGACGCAGAUUGAUUCCAAGGAUGCAUACAAUAAGUAUUUGUUCACCAGUACCUUUGGGCCUGUUGAGGUCCUCUACUUCUCAGUUCUCACGCUCCUACACCGUGGCGAAACGUCAUCAAACUCAGCGGAUCACAUUUCACAAGCCUGUUUGGACGGUGCGUACCAAGCCUUGCGAGCUCAUUUAGCCUAUCAUCGGAAUAUUUCUAUUUUGGGAGUGAAAGCGUUAUAUCCUUAUGCCGUUUGCAUCUUCUAUUACACCCCAUUCACACCUUUUGUCGUUAUGUUUCUCCAUUGUGUAGCAAACUCAGAUGAAGACGACAUCAAGCUUCUCAACGACGCUCUCGUGGCUCUUGAGCAAGUCAGUCCAAAGUUUGAACACUGCCAAAGACAACUCAAGCUUUGCAAGGGCCUUUACAAAAUUGCUGAGACAUUCAUUAAAUGCCAACAUGAAAUGGGUGGAAAGAAGGAAUUAGAACCAGCAACUUCGUGUCUAUUACCGCUUCAGAGCCCUGUCUCUGAACGCCGGUCACAGUUAACGGUUCGCGGGCACUCUGUGGACUUGAGUAAUGCUUUCUUGGAAGACUUGGAAAUUCUAGAUGUGGAUCAGAUGUCAUUCCUACUAGACAAUCAAAUAGGUAAUUGAG